CUGUCUGAAGGAGAUAAACCCUCUCCUGCAAGGGACUGGCUUAGUAGUACUUUCUCAUUUGUAAACUCUCUGUUUCUGCAACAAAGGCUCUGCCCUGGCCAGAAGGUUGGUGGUGGGACUGGGACGCAUAUAUAGACUAAAGCUUAUCCGACAAGAGGCGACAGUCACUAUUCCUUUUGGCUUUUUUGUGAAACAGUAACGGCACUAAUAUUAUACUAAAAUACAAAAAAACAACACCUUUCCAAAAGUAUCAUCAUUCAUCACUCCCAAUGGCGACGAUCAGAGAACUCUCGAGACUUAUCAGAGAUCAUGGUGAUGAACAAGUAUGGAUCACGCACUAUUCAUCAAAGCAUCAGAUACUUCUCGUGGGCGAAGGAGAUUUCUCAUUCUCCUGCAGCUUAGCCACUCGCUUCCGCUCUGCUUCCAACAUCUGCGCCUCCUCUCUCGACUCUUACGAUGAAGUGGUUAGAAAGUACAAGAAGGCAAGAUCAAACCUUGAGACUUUGAAGAGGCUUGGAGCUUCUCUUUUACAUGGAGUUGAUGCAACCAAACUCCAACUACAUCCUCAUCUUAACUGCCGAAGAUUUGACCGAAUCAUCUUCAACUUCCCACACGCCGGUUUCCACGGCAAAGAGACUGACUCCUCUCUUAUAAAGAAGCAUAGGGAACUGGUGUUCGGAUUCCUCCACAGUGCAAGCCAUAUGGUCAGGGCUGAUGGAGAAGUUCAUGUCUCUCACAAGAACAAACCACCCUUUUGUCACUGGAAGCUCGAGGAGCUUGCUAGCAAAUGCUCUCUUGCGUUGACCCAGUGCGUGGCGUUCGAGAAGAGCGACUACCCUGGCUACGAGAAUAAGAGAGGAGAUGGGUCUAGAUGUGACAUGCCUUUCCUCUUGGGAGAGUGCAGUACCUUCAAAUUCAGAGUCUCUCGCGUGGCUAAAGAGAUUUAUGCUGAGAAGUUGAAAGGCAGAGAGAUGAAGGAACGUGAAUCAAAGUGGCAGAGACCAGCACUUACAUUUGGUCUCAGCUAUCACCAGGACCAUAACCUUAGGCAAGUGCAUGAUCCUUUGGUUCAAUCAAGACAAAGAACAUCUCCAUUGUUUCCUUACCAAGAACAUAGAUGUUCACAGUUUGAAGAUGCUAUUGUUAGCUCAAUUAGAGCAACUCAAAGUCCAGCAACGUUUAACCAUGUCCGGUUUCAAGAAAACUCAAAGCAGCUCAGAUACACUGAAAGAAGCUCUCGUGACUUUCCUUUUCAACCUAGUCUCCAUCCUCAAGAAGAACGAUCCUUCUUUGAAUGCUCAAGCCGCUUUGAUGGAGUUCCGCUUGAUAUUUAUGUCAGGAGAAUGCAGAGUACGUUAACACAGACGAGCGUUCCUCAUCUGUACACUGGAGAAUCACCUGAAAGACGCCGUCAAGAACCAUUCUUCCAACGCUCUAACCGUUUAAAUGGAGUUUCUCAUGAAAUUUAUAACGGGGAAAGAGGAAGAUCAAUGUUAACAAGUCACAGCUUUCCUCAUCCAUACACUGGGGAAUCACAAGAAGGAAGCUUGAGUAGGCAAUGCAACCUCAACAUUUAGCCUCCACGGCAUUGGUAAAUCAUUGUUCUUUGUGUACAUUAUGAAGAUCUUCCAGGUGACUGAUCAUCAAAGAACUUCUCAGGAUAACUUUGAUGGAAACAACCAAGGUGGCUGAAGCUUAUGAAAUUGUAGUUGGUUAACUUACUGACAGCUCAAAACCACAAUGAUCUCAGUAUGGAGAAUGAUCAUUUGGUGUAUGUAUCUACGUUGUGUAGUGAAAAUAGUGUUUAGAGUCUUGCAACUUGCUUUGUCUUAAAAGAGAAACUUGCAGUGCCUUGUCUUUUAACGGUAUACCUCCUGUUAUCUCCACACUAAGACACUAGGUGCUUGAAUUUUCACUUAUUUCUUUUACUAUGGUAAUGGUAGGUAAACUUACAAAUAUGUUUAUAGUUUAUUGUAGCCUUAGUAUUAUAAACUCAAGCUUAGCCGACAAGGCAACGGCAUAAACUUCACUUUCAUUGAAUUAAUAAUUAAUUGAACAAUUAUGAAAGUUUCAAGCAACGAAACUGAUCAUAGAUUCAUAGUGAUAAAAAUAAUAGUAAACAGAACUUGUAAAUUUCAGGGAAUCUGCUUAUAGAAUUACUACGAAACAAGUACAAUUGGUUGACAAGAACCUUCCAGUAAGAUAUAUGAACUUUUUAUACUAUUAAAUGUAUGUUCUUAGUCGUUAGUCGUUAUGAUAGAUAUGUCAAUUCUAUAAGAUUUGUUUUAUUAUCUAAUAAGGAACAUUUUUAAUGAUAUAUUAGAAUUCAUAUAAUAAUAUUGAAUGUUUUGUAUGCAAAUCAGGAAUCUAGAUAUUUUAUCAUUCAUUACUUAUCGCCAUUGUUAUCUCAUAUCUGUAUAUAAUCACCAGAGAAUAAACACUCAGAAUCCCAUAUCGGUUCUUGCAUUGUCACCUAUUGCACUUGGUUUCUCUCCCUUACUCAAAAACCCUUAUCGGAAUAUCCUCUCCGGUCGGUUUUUCCGGCAGUACGAUGAGGGUAAGUGUCUUAUUUUUUCAUUCUUAUUGAAACAACUUUCUUGUAAAACAAGAAACAUUUCUAUCCAUUCCUGGAAAAAAAAAUUAUUAGUUAAAUCUAUAAUUGUUUUCUAAUACCAUAUGGUUGUUUAUUUAGCAAAGGAUAGUUCUGAAGAUGGAUAUGAGCGAGAGUGAGAAAUCAAUCAAGAAAGCUAUGAAAAUUGCAUCUGGAGCUUCUGGUAAACAUCUCUAUGACUUCUUUUGCAAAUAACUUGCACCCCAAGUUAGGUGAUUUGAAAAACGUUUCAGCAACUUUGUUUGUUUUCGCGCGUGCAGGUGUGAGAUCUGUCUCGAUUCAGGGACAGAACGAUCAGCUGGUUAUAGUGGGAGAAGGGAUUGAUACGGCAGAGCUAACUCGUGAACUCCGCAAGAAAGUUUGUCACACGACCAUUGUCACAGUUCAGGCCGCACCACCGCCGCCGCCGCCUCCUCAGCAGCAGCAGAAGCAGCCAGUGCAGCCGUAUCUAAUGGAACAUAACAAUGAGAUGGCUCCGGCGAGAAGAUGCAUAUGCGAGAUACCGAAUUCGGGUUACUGUGGAUUUUGUAGAUCUAUGCGUGAAACUCCUUACCAGAUGGUAGCUUCGUCGUAUCCACCUCCGGUGAUGUACGGUGGUUACCGAGAAGAUCCUGAUAAUUGCAGAAUCAUGUGAUGCACGAAUUUUUCAACUCUUGAGUGAUUUUUGUUUCGGUUUUAUCUUUUAUUUUAAAGAAAGAUUAGAAAUUUCCAAAUUCGUGAUGCUGUAAUUUUUGUGACUUGUGACAGUGGACUCUCAAAAAAAGAUUUACUAAACCCUAAAAAUAAGUAAAAUGUAAUGUUUCUUUUUUUUUUUUGUUAAAGGGUUUAGUAAAAUGUAAUGUUUCAUGAUCGGUGUUUCAAAAAAAAAAAGAGUAAUGUUUCAUGAUCGAGUUAUAUACUCAAACAAACAAAGAAUACGACUAUUCAUUCAUACUCGUUAAUAUUUGGUCUAGUUUCUUUUACGUAAGGUAAUACUAGAAACGGUUUGCAUUUUAGAUUAUUUGGGUCUCAAGUUUUGCUUAUUGUUUUUUGCAAAAAAAAAAAAGUUUUGCUUAUUGUUACAUGUUCUUCGUAGGGUGAUGAGGUCAAGUCCAACAGUUAUCAUUUUUUUUAAGGUCUUUGCUAAAGAUAUGUCUAACGAAACACUAUUGUUUUUUAAAUACUUCAAUUCCUUCGUAUAUUCUCGGCCUCAAACGCGGGAAGCGUGAUCGUGUCAAUUAUCAAUUAUUUAUUUCCUUUUCUGGGCAACUCACUAUAAAUGAAGAAAAUGAAUUGGUAAAGAAUCAAAAGCUAAUAUACUCCUAAUAUUCAAAGGAUCGUAUAUAUAUUGCAUGAGCUGAUAAUAAAAUCCAUAUAUCAAGACUAGGUCUACGCAUAUAAAUUGAGAACCGAUAACUGAACGAAAUCAAAUCUAAAACCAACAGAUGUUCACAAAUAAGCGAGUAAUUUUUAUAUCUCUGAACC